AUGGAUAUCAGAGAAAUGAAUAAUAAAAAAGAUCAACAAGUUGAGACUCGUUGGGUUCCCACUACUCCCAUAAAACCCAUUCUUCAAACAAUGCCGAUCUACGCACCAGAACAGGAAGAUCAGCCCCAGAUACCCACUCAUGGUGAUGGAGCAGUUGCAUGUUCCAAAUUCACAGGUUUUAUGGAAAGGUCCUGUAUUGGGUCAGUAAAUGAAGGUAGAAUGAAAAACAUUGUUGGUGAAAAUAGUGAAGCUUGUGCAAAGACAGUAUCUGGUGAUCUUCCUGGACUUGGUCAUAUGAGUUUUUCUCAACUUAUAGCGACCAUGCAAGAGAAUGCAACAUCAGCUAAUUUGAAUGCAACCCAAUCAGGCAAUGGAUCGAUGAAUCCAGCUUUUUCUUCAUUGGAUUUACAGAUCAACUACAACAGAGCAGCCAUGAAUAACACCGGAAAUCUUCAGGGCACAUCGUCAGUUGGUUGCUCACAAAUUGCAUCAUUGUCAAUGAAUAUGGAAAAAAAUAAUCCUGCCGAAGAAUUUGAUGUUGCUUGCACACCAGUAAAGAUGGAUGCCAUCCAGAUAGAAAACACACCACAAUCAAAACAAAAGAGAAGAAAGCACCGUCCCAAGGUCAUUGUAGAAGGCAAGCCAAAACGAACUCGAAAGCUAGCUGAAGAAAAGAAUGUUCAGCUCAAAGAAAAUUCAACUGGCAAAAGAAAAUACGUGAGAAGAAAAGGAAUAAACAAGACCCCUACUACUCCAGCAGAAGAAACAAUUAAAGACUUGACGCCAGACUCUACAAAAAAGUCUUGUAAAAAGACUUUAUUUGAUGGAUUUACUGGCACUGAAAAUGCAACAGCAGAAGGGACAGCAAGUUGUGACAAAGAAGCACAAGAUCCGUCGCAAAGCAAUCCUCCCGUAGCACAACCAAUAGAAAAGACGAUCAAGAAGAGGGGUCGGAAGAAGAAAACGCCCAACAUGUCUUAUCCAACAGAGACCACAGUAGAAUUUAGUGAAGCAUUAAGACGUGGACCUAACACAAGAUCAAGAAGUAAUAAGAAAUCCAAAGAAGAAAGCUCUACAAGUGGAAAUUUUUACAUAGAAUUACCCAUCAGCACACAAGAUCAUAACACAUCCGCUAAGAGGAUGAGAUAUAGCAGAACAAAUGCAACAAAUAAGGUAUCAUAUGAUCAUGAGCGAUCAACUGAAGAUAUCAAAACGUCAAGUAUAUUUUCUCCAGAAAGCACUUCGCAGGAGACAAAGCCCAUUGUCAAUUGCAGCUUUGAAGAUAACAAAAACAAAAGAGAUCAGACAACUGAAAAUGCAGAGAGUCCAAAUACGAGUGGCAGGAAUAUCAUUGGGGUACAUCAUAAUGAUUUGUCUUUGUACAGAACGAAAUCUAAAACAGCGAGUACUUCUGCCGCAACUAAUCAAAAUGAAGUAGAAAUGACAAUUUCUCCGCAAGAUGCGCGCAGACUUGAUUACGCAUCCAAUUCUGACAACUCUGAAUGUAAUUCUGAUUGCGACAAGUUUUACAAGUUCAUCUCAAUGGUGCGAAGUUUGGAAGCAGUGGACAAAUCAUUAGAUAUUUCUGAUGUAGAUGCUAUAACAAAGCAAUUUAAAAAAUUGAAAAUCAAAACACAAGAGGAUGCAAUAAUAAGGUAUAAACAAAAAAAACAAAAACAAAAGCAAAAGCGUCUUGAUGGCGCCAUCAUUCCGUUUGAAGGCCAAGUUGUUCCUUUCAAGAAACAAUAUCCACGCGCUAGGGUUAACCUUGAUGAAGAAACUAAUAGAGUGUGGAAGCUUUUGAUGUUGGAUAUAAACAGCCAUGGAAUUGAUGGAGAAGAUGAAGACAAGUCCAAAUGGUGGGAAGAAGAGCGAAAUGUAUUUCGAGGGAGGGCAGACUCGUUUAUUGCAAAAAUGCAUCGUGUACAAGGAGACAGACGCUUCUCUCGCUGGAAAGGAUCAGUGGUGGAUUCGGUGGUGGGGGUCUUCCUCACCCAAAAUGUCUCAGACCAUCUCUCAAGGUAUGUAUUCUGCAGUAUCAUUUGA